GUAAUAGAAAAAAAGAAUAAAACAGAAGUUGGGUUGUGUGUUUGAUCCUUCUGCUAGCACUUAAGUUUGAUGCAGAUGUGUGUGACCACGCCCUCAACCCCAAACGAAACGCUUCCUUAAAAAACUAUCACUGUUGGAGAGUGGAAGCUGACAGCUGCUGCUGCUGCUGCCCUCCGUGUGGCGGAGGAGAGAAAGCAUCUUUGUCUGCUCAGAGCAGCUCUGGGCUUCCCCCCCUACCUGCCUCCAUCGACACAGCAACAUCUGACGAUAAGAAGACACAGCGGUUUUUUCUCUCCCCUCCUCUCCUGAAGACAGACGAAGCUCGCUUUCCCCCCCCUUUUUUCCCGCUCUUCUCCCGCGUGCCAGUCGGAGGGGGGGAAUCUGCGUCUUCAUUUGUGUUUUUGUUUCAUUCUUACGGAAUAAUCCAACCUUCCGCGUCUCCAUGUGUGUCGGAUUGCUGGAUGCUGCUCAGGAUGAUGGGCUGCUGACGGGAGCGACGGCCGCACCCAGGCGACAUGCCUAGACGACCCAUGGAGAACUGACGGAAACAGUGCUGGAUGGAGCCCAGGACACUGGAUGGCGAAGAAGAAGAAGCUCACAGUCUUUUGGAUCAGCCGUGUUGUUUGUUUUCUAUGUCAGCUGAGCCUAAGUAGAUGCAUAGUGGUCUGCGAUGUCCCGCUGGUGCUAGGAGAUGACCAAAAGAGUCAAGAUAGACAGUCAGGGCUAGAUGAACUUCUCCACUGGACAAGCAGCCUUAUUUCUGUGAAUUUUGCCUGAUAACAAAGCAACUGUAGAGAAUACUUAAAGACUUCCUGAUUAAAUUGGACGCCACACGAGAGCCAGAAGAAGAUAUCAGGCAGUGACCAGCAUGGGAAGCUAUAAAGGCAAGGUCUCCUGGUUCUUGCUUCUAGCAGGAUCGAUACUAGGUGGGUUAGCUUUGGAAUAUGAAGGGGUUCCUGGCCAGUGGACGCGCUACGGCCAAUGGGACGCAAAGGUGACAGGUGAGCUCAGCUUUAUUUUGAAGACCAACAUCACCAAAGCCCUGGUGCUCUACCUAGACGAUGGGGGGAACUGCGACUUCCUGGAGCUUCUGCUCGUGGACGGCAGGCUCCAGCUGCGCUUCACCAUCCACUGUGCCGAGCCAGCCUUCCUGCACACAGAGACGUACGUCAACGACCAGCGCUGGCACAGAGUCAUGCUCACCCGCAAUUACAGAGAGACCAGGCUGGUCGUGGACAACGAGGAGAAAACGGCUGAAGUAAAGUCCAAGAGAAAGGAGAUGGUGGUGGCUAGUGACCUGUACGUUGGAGGCAUCUCGCCAGACGUACGUCUCUCCGCUCUGACCUCGAGCACCGUCAAAUACGAGCCGCCGUUUCAGGGCUUCAUCAGCAAUUUGAAGGUGGGGGAGGCGCUUCCUAUCUUGCUGGAUGGUCAGGCGGUCCACAAUGACUUGGAGUACAUAUGUGCCACAGACUCUCCCUGCAGCAACAAAGGGAUCUGCUCCAUCAAUCAAGGAGAGGUCCUGUGCAACUGUAUCAGUACCAGCUACCGGGGAAGGUACUGCAACGAAGUUGUCCAGAAAGAAGUAGAAGGUCUGGCGCACCUGAUGUUAAACCGCCAAGUUUAUCGCCAAGGGCAGAAGGAGUCAGUGGCCACCUUUAGAGGCAAUGAGUUCUUCAGCUUCAACCUGUCCCAGACCCCCAUCCAGAGCAAUCUGGAUGAGAUCACGCUGUCCUUCCGCACGCUGCAGAGGAACGGCCUGCUGCUCCACACGGGGAGGUCCGCCGACUACGUCAACCUGUCCCUGAGGAACGGAGCCCUGUGGCUGGUCAUCAACCUGGGCUCCGGAGCCUUCGAAGCUCUGGUGGAACCCGCCAGCGGGAAGUUCCACGACAACGUCUGGCACGAUGUGCGAGUGACGCGCAACCUUCGCCAGGUGACCAUCCUGGUGGAUGGGAUUCUCACCACCACCGGCUACACUCAGGAGGACUACACCAUGCUCGGCUCGGAUGACCUCUUCUACAUAGGGGGCAGCCUGAACACAGCCGACCUGCCAGGCUCUCCUGUCAGCAACAACUUCAUGGGCUGUCUGAAGGAUGUAAUCUACAAGAAUAACGAGUUUAGACUGGAACUGUCACGGCUGGCUGAGCAGCGGGACCCCAAGAUCAGUAUCCAUGGUGACCUGGUAUUCAGCUGCGAGAACGUGGAAGCCCUGGAGCCGGUCACCUUCGACACCCCGUCCGCCUUCUUGACGUUGCCCAGGUGGAACACCAAGAAGACGGGGGCCAUUUCUUUUGAUUUCCGCACCAGCGAGCCCAGCGGCCUGCUGCUGUUCAGCCACGGCAGUCUGCACGGAGCGCAGCCCGACCGGAAGCCCCGCGCCGACUUCUUCGCCGUAGAGCUGCUGGAUGGAUUCCUCUACCUCGUCAUGGACAUGGGCUCGGGCAGCAUCAAGGUCAAAGCCAGCGAUAAGCGUCUGGAUAAUGGCGAGUGGUGCCAUGUGGACUUCCAGAGGAAGGGGCGCAGCGGUUUCAUCUCUGUGAACAGCCAGAACAUCCCCUUCACCGCCAACGAAGGCAGCGAGAUCCUGGACCUGGACGGAGACAUGUUCCUCGGGGGCUUACCGGAGGAGCGCCAGUCGCUCAUCCUGCCCCCUGAGGUGUGGACGGCGUCCCUCGGGCUCGGCUUCGUGGGCUGCGUCCGGGACCUCUUCAUCGACGGGCAGAGCCGCAACCUGUGGAGGCUGGCGGAGGUCCAGAUCGCAGCGGGCGUCAGCAGCUUCUGCACCAAGGAGACCCACGUGAGGUGCAGCCGGGACACAUGUGCCAACGGAGGACACUGCAGGGAGGGCUGGAACCGACACAUUUGCGACUGCAGUGGCACCGGCUAUCUAGGUCCCAGCUGUGGGAAGGAGGCUACCACCGUGGGCUACGACGGCAGCAUGUAUCUGAAGGUGGGGCUGCCGAGGACGAUGCACACGGAGGCGGAGGACGUGUCGCUGCGCUUCAUGUCUCAGAGAGCCUUCGGGCUGCUGUUGGCCACCACGUCCCAGCAGUCAGCAGACACCCUGCGCGUGGAGCUGGAUGCAGGCAGAGUGAAGCUCACUGUGAACCUGGAUUGUAUCAGGAUAGACUGUAACCUCAGCAAGGGGCCAGAGACUCUCCUUGUAGGCGAGAAGCUCAAUGACAACGAGUGGCACACGGUGAAGGUGGCGCGGCGUGGGAAGAACCUGCAGCUCUCCGUGGACAACGUGACAGCAGAAGGUCACAUGACAGGUGCCCACACCCGCCUGGAGUUCAACAACAUCGAGACAGGGAUCAUGACAGAGCGGCGUUUCAUCUCCGUGGUGCCGUCCAACUUCAUCGGCCACUUGCAGGCGCUCUCCUUCAACGGGAUGCUCUAUCUGGACCAGUGCAAGAACGGGGACAUCUCCUACUGCGAGCUGAACGCUCGCUUCGGCCUGCGACACAUUAUCGCCAACCCCGUGACCUUUCUAACCCAGGCCAGCUACUUGGCCUUCUCCACUCUGCAGGCCUACGCCUCCAUGCAUCUGUUCUUCCAGUUCAAAACAACCAGUCCGGACGGCCUCAUCCUCUUCAACUCGGGAGAUGGAAGCGACUUCAUCGUGGUGGAGAUUGUGAAAGGGUACAUCCAUUACGUUUUUGACCUGGGAAACGGACCGUCGUUGAUGAAGGGGAACUCAGAUCGGCCUCUGAACGACAACCUUUGGCACAAUGUGGUGAUUUCCCGGGACAACAACAACGUGCACGUCCUUAAGAUCGAUUCCCGCACCGUCACCCAGCACGCCAACGGAGCCCGCAACCUGGACCUGAAAGGAGAGCUGUACAUCGGGGGUGUUGGAAAGAGCAUGUACAGCAGCCUCCCCAGACUGAUCGCGUCCCGAGAAGGAUACAAGGGCUGCCUGGCGUCUGUGGAUCUGAACGGCAGGCUCCCAGACCUGCUGGCAGACGCCCUCCAUAAAGUGGGAGACGUGGAGCGCGGCUGUGGAGGUCCCAGCACCACAUGCACCGAGGACUCGUGCCACCAUCAGGGCGUGUGUCUGCAGCAGUGGGAGGGCUUCUCCUGUGACUGCACCAUGACCACCUAUGGGGGGCCUUUCUGCAGCGACCCUGGGACGACGUACAUCUUUGGGAAAGGUGGCGCUCUCAUCACGUACACCUGGGCCCCCAACGAAAGGCCGAGCACUCGGGCUGACCGGUUAGCUGUGGGCUUCAGCACGCAGCAGAAGGAUGCCAUCCUGGUGCGGGUGGAAAGCACCCAUGGGCUUGGUGACUAUCUUCAGCUGCACAUUGAUCAAGGAAAGAUCGGCGUCAUAUUCAACGUAGGGACAGAUGACAUCACCAUCGAUGAGCCCGCUGUCAUUGUAAAUGAUGGCAAGUACCAUGUUGUGCGCUUCACACGCAGUGGUGGCAAUGCCACUCUCCAGGUGGACAACCAUCCUGUCAUUGAGCGCUACCCGCCAGGACACUAUGAUAAUGAACGACUGGCUAUUGCUAGACAAAGAAUCCCAUACAGACUCGGUCGGGUAGUUGACGAGUGGCUACUCGAUAAAGGGAGACAGUUGACCAUCUUUAACAGCCAGGCAGCCAUUAAAAUUGGCGGUCAGGACAAAGGUCGGCCCUUCCAGGGUCAGAUUUCGGGGCUGUACUACAACGGCCUCCAGGUUCUCAAGUUGGCGGCGGAGAGCGACCCCAGCGUUCAGGUGGAAGGGAACCUGCGCCUGGUCGGAGACUCGCUCUCCGUGUUGACCACCGACAUCACUUCCGCCACGCCGCUGCCCGUGUCCGACAUGUCGACCACAAUCAUGGAAACCACCACCACCAUGGCAACCACCACCACCCGCAGGCAACGCUCACCCAGCCUAAGGGAGAGCAUCUCAAAGCCUCAGAGCUCUGAUGAUAUUUUGGUGGCAUCAGCUGAGUGUCCGAGUGACGACGAGGACCUGGAGGAGUGCGAACCCGGAACAGGAGGUGAAUUAGUGUUGCCUAUAAUAACAGUGGACUCCCUUGAGCCCCCAUCCAUCGCCACCCGCUACCCUUUCAUUCCUCCUCCUCCUCCCACCCACCUAUCCCCUCUCGAAACCACCAAAGAGUCCCUGAUACUCCCCCCUCAUCCCUCCUGCCCCCCGGACCAGGAGGACUGCGGUGACCCUGUGGAGGUCUCGGCCUUCGGCUCAGGGGAGAUGACGGAAUCCGAUGACGAAGACUUUAAUAAAAACUCCCCCAUGGUCACCGACAGGACAGUCCUUCCUCCACCUCCUGCCGCUGGUGACAGUGGAGUCCACAAACCCCGUCCCUUACCUCCUUUUAUCCCCACCACCAACCCCGACCAGCUCCACAUUCCUGCAGGCAAAAUGAACACCCGUGACCAGGUGCUUCUACCCCCUGCUCCUCCUUCCUCCCGCAACACACCGGGACUAACUUACCCUCCCAAUUUUCCCCAUGUGCCCACAGCCAACCCCACAGCCUCAGAUGAAAAGAGCCAGCACGUGGAGGUGAUCAGGGAGGCCAGCAGCACCACAGGCAUGGUGGUUGGCAUCGUGGCUGCUGCUGCCCUCUGCAUUCUUAUCCUCCUCUAUGCCAUGUACAAGUACCGCAACCGGGACGAGGGCUCCUACCCGCCAGACCAGAGCCAGAGCUUUGCCAACAGUUCGGCCGGGGAGGGCAAUGGGGCCGUGGUCAAGGACAAAAGCACGGCGAAAGGCUCCGUGGCCAAGGCCAACACAAAGGGCAAAAAGAACAAAGACAAAGAAUAUUACGUCUGAGAGCAGAGAGGAAACAGACGUGGACUAGAGGAGGAAUUUUGUUCUGCAACCCGGACUUGUCAGGUGGGCCUUCGGGGGGAAAAAAGAUAAAUAAAUCGAAUAAAAAAACACAGACCACAAAAAAACUGCACAAAGCAAAUAUAUAUUGCUUUUCUGUGUCUUGAAAGUCAAAGUUGCCCAUUAGUGAUAAAUUCUUCUCGACGACACGAGAUCUGACUCAUCCUCUGUGUCCAAAAUGUGCACUCUGUCAGCAUUCAUCGAUUCCUUGUUGAAGCAUCAUCUCUUAUUUUGGUUUCUACGAGCUUGGAGGAAGAAAACCCACUUUGGCUUUGUAAAUAGCAGAGGUGUGGCUGUGUACAGAAAGUUCCGAGAACAUCCGGUUUCUUUGGACUUCUUCGUGAUGCUGUAUCUUGAGUCUUAAUGUCCCCCAGAUAUGAUGUGUGAAGCACAACAGGCCAAGUUUUUUUUUUCUCUCUCAAAUAUCUAGCAGCCAUUCUGAGCGUGCAGGAACUCGGAGGAAGCGAGGCUUCCGUGUUCAUCCUGUGGUUCCGAAAGUCCCCCGGUCAUUCCGGUCCAGAGCGUCUCACGUCCACUCUUACAAGUGUGAUGGGUCAGAAACAUUACCUGUGUGAGUAGUAAGUGUGCCAUGCCGUACCAAGUAGGGAUAAUCGUGAACAUGUCGGCCAGCGACCGCCAGUGGAGGUAUUUCUCUGUAAACACUGCUUGUAUGUACUGUAUAUACAUAGAGGUUGGAAGCAUCAGUUUGCCGGGUAAGGUAAGAGGAAGACACACCGUCUCCUUCCAAGCACAGAUUUUAGGACAUCGAAACAACCCAAGCAGCUUUGAAGAGCACAAAGUCGCAGGUUCCGGCUGCUGACCGCACCCCCCGUUGAUUCUCCUCAAACUGUCAUUGGAUAAUCCAAAAAGCACAUUGAAAAUGUUAACGCUUGAGACAGAGAUGUUCCUUGUAAAGCAGCCAAACAUGUAUUUGUUUUCUAUCAGUUAUCAAAAGACUAUUCUAUGAGGUGAAUAAUUGAAAAUUUGUGAACUGUAUUGAUAUUUCUCCGAUAUUUCCGUGUAUCUUGUCACCACCUUUUCUGAUCAUGUUCCAUUUUCAGAUUGUCUUUCAUUUGGAUCACUUGUUUUGGGGGUUUUUUUUAUAAAAAGCACACUCCUCUCAAAGCUGCAGAUGUGUUUGUUUUUGUCGGAUGGAACAAACCAUUGUCACGUUUGGUUGUACAAUUUUCUUUCUGAACCUGGUACUCAAUGAAACAAAUAAUAUGAAGCCAUUCUUCUCUGUUGAGUUAUUUAUUCAUACGCUGUGAUCUUUUUUUCAAUGAAAGUGCCAUUCAACAUGAGCAGCUCAGCACUCGGAAAAUAGACCAUUCCUCACUUAUUGCUAUUGUAUAAUGUUCAUGUGAAAUGGAUCUUAAUAUGUGUACAGAACGUGGAAAAAGAUGAAAAUACACUUGAUUAUAUACUUUGUA